UUCGCCGACCUCCUCAAUCUCGAAGACCAAUACCACAAUGAAGGCUACCUCCUAGGCGUCGCAGAUGGCUCGAAAUCCGGACGUAUCGAAGGCCGAGUCUUCGGAUUGCAGAAAGGAUUCGAGAAGUUUGUUGAGAUGGGAAGAUUGAAUGGCAAAGCUGCCGUUUGGGAGGCUCGUCUACCGAGCGAGUCUAAGGCUACGACCGACUCAAUCAGCACUCAAGAAGAUGUUGAAGAGAGUAAUGUGAGAGUCGAGCCUCUGAAAAAUGGAGGUGAUAGGCUGAGGAAACAUGUCCUACGGCUCGCAGCUCUCAGCGAUCCAGACGAUCUUUCUACGGAUAAUGACGAAGACUCUGUCUCGGAGUUUGAUGAUCGGCUGAAAGAUGCUAAAGCGAAGGCCACGCUCAUCGCUCGACUUGUUGGCGAGGACGAG